UGAAAAUUUUAGUUCAGCGUCCAGCCUAGACUUUACCCUACCACCGCGGUUGUCAUGUAUACAGAGCGACACAAACUGUAAACAAAACAACGAUCGAUAUUACUCCAACUACAACUAAAAGCUCCCAGGCUUUCAGAAAGAAAACAUCUCUGUUCUGUUAAACCGCCAUUUUUCACUUACAGCUGUUUUUACGACGUUUUCGCGCGUUUUUCGAUUUUGAAUUUCGAGUAUCCUACAGGCAAUGGUCGCGAAUUCAUUCGUUCAGGAACGCGAAUGAAGAAAUAUAGUUUUGUGUCGUGUAGAGUUCAGAUUUCAAACUGUGGAACAACGUGGCGUCCUGUAUGGAGAAAUGGUUCGGUGAUAAACGGCUGUGGUUAUUUGGGAACAACCUGCCACUGCUACCGAGGAGGUCCCGCGCGAGCAGCCGGGCGAUGGAGCGGUACGAGAAGUUGGCGAAACUUGGCGAGGGCUCGUACGGGCUGGUGUACAAGUGUCGCAACCGCGACACCGGAGAGAUCGUCGCCAUCAAGAAGUUUGUUGAGAACGAGGAUGACCCGCUCAUACGCAAGAUCGCGCUCCGGGAGAUACGCAUGCUCAAGAACCUGAAACAUCCGAACCUGGUGAACCUGAUCGAGGUGUUCCGGCGCAAGCGCAAGCUACACCUCGUGUUCGAGUACUGUGACCACACCGUGCUCCACGAGCUUGAGAAGUACCCCGCUGGCUGUCCAGACCUCCUGUCCAAGCAGAUCAUCUGGCAGACCCUUCAGGGUGUGGCGUACUGCCACCGCCACAACUGCAUCCACCGUGACGUGAAGCCGGAGAACAUCCUGCUGACCAGCGACGGCAUCGUCAAGCUCUGCGACUUCGGCUUCGCAAGGAUGAUCAGCCCAGGUCCCGGUGAGAGCUACACAGACUAUGUGGCCACCAGGUGGUACCGUGCGCCGGAGUUGCUGGUCGGAGACACAAUGUAUAGCACGCCAGUCGACGUAUGGGCUAUAGGAUGUGUAUUCGCGGAGCUGCUCUCAAGUGAGGCGCUGUGGCCGGGGAAGAGUGACCUGGACCAGUUGUACCUCAUCCGACGGACUCUCGGCGACCUACUGCCGCGGCACAUGACAAUAUUCUCGCAAAAUACAUUUUUUCAGGGCAUGGCUCUCCCUGAACCGACCACGUUGGAACCUCUGGAGAAGAAGAUUCCACAGCGAUACGCCAACAAUGAACUGAUUAUAGACUUUUUACAGAAAUGCCUGGACAAGGACCCUAUGAUGCGGUGGACCUGCGAGCAGCUGCUGAGGCACCCGAUCUUCGAGAACUUUCUGUUCACCGUGCCGCACUCCGACCACGAUGAGUUCGAGAAGGCCAAGAGGACGCAGGUACAGUCUUCGCCCUUGCUUCCACAACUGAUAGUGGAGCGCUCGCAGCCCGCGAAGGGCAAGAAGAUGGAUCUGGACGCCCGGAGCCACCUGCCCACCAUCUGACACGCGCCCCCCGCUCGCUCGCGGAUCCAUUGAUUAU